AUGUGUGCCACUAUAGGGGUCGACCCGCUCACUUCGAAAAAGGGCGUCUGGUCGGACUUGUUGGGCGUUGGCGAUUUCUACUAUGAGUUGGCCGUGCGAAUUAUCGAGAUUUGCGUCGCCACAAGACCGAUUAACGGAGGGAUUAUGUCGCUCAGGGAGUUGCUGCCAGUGCUUCAGACGAAGCGCAUAACAUACACUGAGAAGAUUUCAAGUGAUGACGUCGAGCGAGCCGUGGCCAAGCUUGAUGUCCUAGGUAGCGGGUUUAAAAUCAUGGAUGUCGGCAACAACCGUCUAGUUCGAUCUGUUCCUGUCGAGCUCAACCCGGAUCAUACCAAGGCGCUUACUGCAUGUGGUACCAAGGGCUACACAAAUGCCUCAGAGUUGCAGCGCCUUACUAAUUGGGAUGCAUACCGCACGCGCACUACGUUGCAGUUUCUUUUGCAAAACGAGAUUGCCUGGCUCGAUGCUCAGUCGUCGGAACCCACGUAUUGGAUUCUUGGCCUAGUAGCGGGUGCUUCAUCGCAGACAUGA